GGGCUGCACUGUACCAUUUCCUUCCCCCUUUCCCUUUGCUUGCUUGCAAAGAAGGAGAAAAUGCCUUUAAAUCGCUGGUGCCUGGUGAGUGUUUAGGCUGCAGUCUUCUUAUACCUGUCUGCCUGAGAUAUGCAGGCGCUUUUCUCCUUUGUUUCAUCAGGAACUUGCAUGCCUUUCAUCUUUAUUUUAUUCCUUCUAAAAUAACGCUUAAUUAUUCACAUUUCUGAGCCACAUCCAUAAAUCCCAUCAGAUAAACGGGGCAGCAAGACAAUGGAAAAUAAUUAUCAUUAAUCCCAAUGCUGCCCUAAAAUGCCGGCUAGAGCAAUGGUCGUAUCUUAAUUAGGCAUUAAAUUUGUAUACUGCCUUUCAACCGAAUAGCCCAGGGCAGCUCACGACAGAAAAAACAAAAACAAAAUGAGAAUAUAAAAUGCAUAAUAUUUUUUUUUUAGAAAGUCUUAGUUCAGUUAGUUCAGUUACGGGGUGGGUGGAUCUCCCACCUGAGGAAAAAUCCUGCAGACACUCAUGCUUUUAGAAAUUAAACUGGGAAAUGUUGCUUUUUGUGGCUCUAUUUUAUGUAUGGCUUGGGAUGCCUGUCUCUGGGAAUGCGUUCCUUUGUGUUUAUUCCUUUGUGUUUACUGGUUUUCUUAAAAAACAAUAAAGCAGGAUAUAAAUUUGAUGAAAUAAUUGCGUACCUAUCCUUGAGCAUUGUGCUUUCAGAAUUGAGUUUGUGGAUUGGAAGAUAGGUUAUAAGAAGCCGCUUAAGCCAUUGUCAGGCUAUUGCUCCAUCUAGGCCAGCAUUGCCUACUCGGACUGGCAGCAGCUUCACCUGAUGCUUCUCCAGCUACUUGAUGCUUUUAGUUGGGAUUGAACUUGUAACCUUCUGUAUGAAAAGCCUAGGCUCUAGCAAUGGGCCUUACGGGCUUCCUAUAACUACUGGCUGGGUUGAGAGCUAGUCAACAAAAGGCCUGCUGAUGCUCAAGGCUACCUAGAAAUUGUGCCCCAUAUUGCCCCCCAUAUUGUUGCAGCUGGUUGCCCAUAGCAACAAAGGGAAGGUCUUCUGUGUGUAUCCAAGGACCAGCUUUCUUGUUUGUGAAUUGUGCAUUGGUAGUUAAAAAGGGUUUCAGGGCAGAGGACAGAUUCAAAGUGAGCGCUGCUGCCUCUACGAUGGUUAUGCUGGUAGAGGAAAAUUGCAGUAUAUAUAAAUAGGCAACAUUACGUGCAUGAAGAUCGUAUAAGCAUCUUAUUUUACCAGGUGUAUAUAUAUAUAUACUUCUACGGGCUACAUUUCCUCAUAGGCAACCUCCCAGGGGAUACAUGCCCAGAAGCAAAAGUGGGUGGAACAGUAAUUUUUACCUUUGUAAAAGUUAAUUUUGGUUCCUCUGUUUCAUUUUUGUCGGGUUGAUGUUGGUUAAAUGUUUAGUUGGGGUUGGCGGUUACUUUAAUUUGGGUAUAACUGUAAACUUAUUGUUGGUGUUGUUAUUGGUUUUUAUUGGUUUGCAUGUUGCUUGUAUAGGAUGCCUUGUUUUUUAAUGUUUGAUGCUUUGCGUUUUACCGUAUUUUUCACCCCAUAGGACGCACCUACUUUUUGGGGGGGGAAUAAAGAAAAAAAAAUUAUCCCCCCCCCCGGCACAGGGCUGGCGCGGGGGAAGCCCGAGCUUCCUCAGCCCCCAGAACAGCCUGCUAUCCGCAAGCCUAGGGAGCCGCGCCGGUCUCCCCAGGCUUGCGGACAGCUGUGCGAAGCCAGGGCGCGCUCUUCAGCGCGCCCAAGGCUUCGGAAUGCAGGCAGCUCUGCGCAACCCUCCGGAGGGUUGCGCAGAGCUUCCUGAAGCCUGGAGAGCGAGAGCCUCUCGCUCUCCAGGCUUCAGCGAAAGCCUGUAUUCGCCCCAUAGGACGCACACACAUUUCCCCUUCAUUUUUGGAGGGGAAAAAGUGUGUCCUAUAGGGCGAAAAAUACGGUAUAUGUUGCAAGACACGCAGAGUGGUUGGGGAGACCCAGCCAGAUGAGCGGGAUAUAAAUUAAAUUAUUAUUAUUAUUAUUAUUAUUAUUAUUACUACUACUGCUACUACAGUAAGCCUGUUUCUACAUACAUUCUUUGAUCCCUCUUUCUCCUGCGUCUAGGCAAGUAAAAAGCAUGAUCGGGGUCAAGGGCACAUUCUAGCCAGGCAAAAGAUCUUGGGGAGGAUAUAAAGAAACUGGGGAGGAAGACUGGGGCUAGGAAUUGUCUGAGGGCCAUAUAAAGAGGCUUGGAGGGCCAUGUUAGUCCUCUCAGUUUGAGGUUCUCCAUCCAUGUGUUAGAUAAACUAUUCAGGAAAGGCAGACCCCUUCACAUUCUGUGAUUCAGAAAAGUAUUUCUUUUUCAGGCAAAUUUUAUGUAUGGAAUGAUAACAGAAAGGCUCUUCAGAUUUACGGCUGUCUUGUAAUUUAUUCUUGAAUGCAUCCGAGAACUUUGAACCUUUCUAUUAAACUUGCACCUCUCCCUGAAAUCUGUUUUCCUCCUUCCUAAAACCUGCACACACUAUUGUUAAAUAAAAUCAGCUAAUUUUCUUUUUCUUUUUCCCUCUUCAUUCUAAACUGUGCAGAGAAACAUCUGCGUGUAUGAUUUGCAACCCAGCCGCUCGCCGUGAAGAUGGCUUUGUUAAAGCUGUUGCCGCAGGUUCCCGAAGAUGAAGGCACCCAAAGGUGCAGGCUGGGGCCUGCUGUAUUCUCUGCCCUGGGUGCCACACUGGGCUCCCCCGUGAAGAUCACCCUCCCUACUGGCAGCUGUCUCUGUACCGCCUGGCCGAGGCACGAUUUGGCCGAUGGCUAUUUGCAGGUCGAUCUCAAGUGCAGAACUUUGGGCUUAAAGAAGUGCCAGCCCCAAAAUCUCACAGUGAGCAUGGACCAAUUGAAGCUCUUGCCUUCUUGCAAGCUCAGGAGAGUGACAGUCAAAGUCAUCUUUAAGAACCGUGCCUUGAAAAAAUCUACUCCAAAAACCAUGGUGCAGGACAUGGUCAAGGAACUUCUGAGAAAGGCCUACGUUUCUCCCCAUCACGUCGUUACCUUUGCGUCAAUUCCAGGCAAUCCGUUGGCAUGUGUUGAAAUAUUGUCCAUGGAGCCUGCCACAGCAGAAGAAGCCGGUUUGGUAACCCUCAAAACCGGUGUAACUGUCAAAGAGGCAGUCACACUAGAUUGGCACAACCAUUCGAUGGAGGACAGCGCCAGAAUCCCGGUGGCGGGCAUGAAUGACGCCAGCACCUCCUUAAAAGAGAUGAUCGACUUGCCCUUGCGCUUUCCCAAAACCUUCCAGAAGCUGGGCCUUUCUGUCCCUAGAGGAGUGCUUUUGGUGGGGCCUCCAGGAGUGGGCAAAACUCUUCUGGUGAAAUCGGUCGCCAGGGGAAUUGGUGCCAGCUUGCUUUGCAUUGAUGGCCCUAUAAUCUACGGUUCGAGGCCUGGCGAAAGCGAGGAGAACUUGCGGCGAGUUUUUGAACAAGCAAGAGAAUUGUCCAGCGAAGGACCGGUUGUUCUUUUUAUUGACGAGAUCGACUCGUUGUGUCCUAAACGGGGCAGUUCAAGUAAUGCCCCGGAAAAUCGUCUGGUGGCUCAAUUGCUAACUCUUCUAGAUGGCAUCGGGGGAGAAAAUGGCAUAGUGAUCGUGGCGGCGACAAAUCGACCCGAUGCCCUGGACCCUGCACUUAGGAGGCCAGGCAGACUGGACCGAGAGGUGAUUGUAAAUUAUAUCUUGUUACUUGUGAUUGCUGUUUACUGCUUCAUUUAGGAAGGGGGAGCCCUCUUUUUUUUUCUUUUUCUUUUUUUUGCUACUACUGCAGCCCGUGUUUUCUUAGCCCAAAAAUGGAAAACGAGCGAGGUCCCAACUAAAGAAGAAUGGCAACUUAAACCGAUGGAAUAUGCGCAGCUUCUGGACCUAACAUAUAGAAUAAGAGAACAAGAAGAACAUACGUUGAAGGAAGAUUGGAAAACAUUUAUUGAUUAUAUGUGGGGAAAUUGUGUACACUUGAAAACAUUGGCAGCAUUAAGAUAAAUUCAACAGUGAAAAUAAGUUUUGAUGGGUGUAAUAAUGGAAUACUGAAUGGUUUAGUUUAUGUAAAAUAUGCAGGGAUUUAUGUUAGGCAAAACGAACCAUGGAAAGAGAGGAAGGGAAGUCAUUGAUAUUUUAAGGUUGUUUAAAUGAAUACAGUGGUACCUCGGUUUUCGAAUGUAAUCCGUUCCAGAAGAUCGUUCGACUUCUGAAACGUUUGAAAACUGAGGUGCAAAGGGCGGUCUGCAAAUUCAGUGGAGAAAACUGAAAAAAAACUCAGCGGAAGCCGUUUGACUUCUGAGGCACGUUCGAAAACGGAAGCAUUGAUUUCCGGGUUUUAGGCGUUCAAAAACCCAAACGUUCGGCUUCCGAGAUGCUCGAAAACCAAGGUACCACUGUAUUCUAAAAUGUAAAACAGAAAAUUUGAUAAAAAUUAAGGAAAGAGAAGGAAGGGGGAGCCCUCUCAAUGACCUUGGGGUGUCAUGGCUUUCCUCAAAGGACUGUAGAGUUGUAGUUCCUGCGAGAGAACUCUUUUAUCAUCUGGCACAUUUUCAGAAGUACAUUUCCCAGACUUCUUUUGUUCCAAGUGGUAAUAUUUAGAAAUGGGCAGUUCCAGUCCUGCCCCAUAGUUGGAAUGAUGGAAAACGGGGUGAUAAAUAAAUUUACGGUGACGCUUACACAUUGGGGUUACUUUGUAGAAUUUGCUCAUUAUGUGGACAUUGGAGGGUGUCUUUUAAAGCCAUCUGAGUUGGUUGGAGAAGAACAUUAUGAAGAAGCUCAGGUCUGAGGUUUAGUUCAGCCCAUCUAGCACAGGGUUGCAGAACCAUCAGUCCUCCAUAUUUUGCCGGACUACAAUUCCCAUCUGCCCCAGUCAGUCUAAGCAGCAAGGAGGGAUGAUGGGAGUUGGAGUCCCACAGCACCUGUCAGGCUAGAGAUUGCCCAUUCCUG